GCCAAGCCCCCUUUCAUCUGUAUAAAUUCCACAUCCCUGGGAUAGAGUGAUUGCAAAAACUGCCUUCUUUCUCAGAGACCAAGCUAGAGACCCAGCUUUCUCCAGAGGAGUGCGGUCAUCAUGGCUCUGAAGUCCUUGGUCCUGUUGUCAGUGCUGGUCCUGGUGCUGCUGCUGCUGGUGCGGGUCCAGCCUUCCCUGGGCAAGGAAUCUGCAGCCGCCAAGUUCCGGAGGCAGCACAUGGACGCUGGCAGCUCCUCCAGCGGCAACGCCAACUACUGCAAUCAGAUGAUGAAGCGCCGGAGGAUGACACAUGGACGAUGCAAGCCGGUGAACACCUUUGUGCACGAGUCCCUGGACAAUGUCAAGGCCGUGUGCUCCCAGAAAAACAUCACCUGCAAGAAUGGGCAGCCCAACUGCUACCAGAGCAACUCCACCAUGAACAUCACAGACUGCCGCGAGACUGGCAGCUCUAAGUACCCCAACUGUGCCUACAAGACUAGCCAGAAGCAGAAAUACAUCACCGUGGCUUGUGAGGGAAAGCCGUAUGUGCCAGUCCACUUUGAUGGUUCGGUGUUCUUACCUGCCACCCCACUACCCUCACUGCCAGCUCCACACAAGCACAGGCUUCUCUGGCUUGAGGGCAAUAACUCAAGUUAGGUUUCUUAUCCAACACACACACACACACACACACACACAAACACGCACACACGUAUAACCACAUGAUUCCCUGACCUGAGGGCAAUAACUCAAGCAAGUUAGGGCUCCUAUCCAACCCACACAUGCGCCCCUGGCUUGAGUCUUUCCCCUGUGUGUUUUGGGGGGGGGGGUGAGAAGUGGAUUGUGAGAUGGGACCUGUGUUAACCAAAUCACUGCUUCUUUCAAUAAAACACAUUUGCAACCACCUGAA